UUGGAGAAGUCAGGAAGUUUAGUAACAAUACAUAGAUUUUUGGGAACUUUAGACACUACGGGCGUUUAUUUUGGUCUUAAAAUAAAAAAUGCCGUCUCUAAAUGGGAAACCGGACGUCAUAUUUGAGGAAGAUGACUUGCCUUAUGAGGAGGAGAUCAUCAGGAAUCCGUACUCGGUCAAGUGCUGGAUGCGUUACAUCGAGUUCAAACAAAAUGGCACAAUGUCCAUCCUCAACAUGAUAUAUGAACGAGCUCUGAAAGAGCUACCUGGCAGUUACAAGUUAUGGUACAACUACCUGAGAGAGAGACGGAAACAGGUCAAAGGGAAGUGCAUCAUGGAGCCAGCCUACGAGGAGAUCAACAACUGCCAUGAAAGAGCACUGGUUUUCAUGCACAAGAUGCCGAGGAUAUGGCUGGACUACUGCCAGUUCCUGGUGUCUCAGUGUAAGAUCACCAGGAGCAGACGUACAUUUGACCGAGCGCUCCGAGCCCUUCCCGUCACUCAGCACCCUCGCAUCUGGCCCCUGUACCUCCGCUUUGCCCGGAACCUGCCACUGCCUGAGACCGCCAUCCGUGUCUACCGCAGGUACCUCAAGCUGUCCCCAGAGAAUGCAGAGGAGUACAUAGAUUACCUGCGUUCCUGCGGCAAGCUGGAUGAAGCAGCGGUGCGUCUGGCAGCCGUUGUCAACGAUGAGAGCUUUGUGUCCAAGGAGGGAAAGUCUAACUACCAGCUAUGGCAUGAGCUGUGUGACCUGAUCUCUCAGAACCCAGACAAGGUGAACUCUCUGAAUGUUGGGGCCAUCAUCCGUGGAGGCCUCACUCGCUUCACAGACCAGCUAGGCAAACUCUGGUGCUCCCUGGCUGACUACUACAUCCGCAGUGGACAUUUUGAAAAGGCUCGUGAUGUGUAUGAGGAGGCCAUCUUGACGGUGGUGACGGUGAGAGAUUUCACCCAGGUGUUCGACAGCUAUGCCCAGUUUGAGGAGAGCAUGAUCGCUGCCAAGAUGGAGACUACCUCCGAGUUGGGGAAAGAUGAAGAAGAGGACAUAGACCUGGAGCUGCGUCUGGCUCGCUUUGAGCAGCUGAUCGCUCGCAGGCCCCUACUGCUGAACAGUGUGCUGCUGAGACAGAAUCCCCACAACGUCCACGAGUGGCAUAAGAGGGUCAAACUGUACGAGGGGAAACCACGACAGAUCAUCAACACCUACACAGAGGCAGUUCAGACUGUGGACCCUAUGAAGGCUACAGGGAAACCCAGCUCUCUCUGGGUCUCCUUCGCCAAGUUCUACGAGGAGAACGAGCAGCUAGACGACGCGCGGACCAUCUUUGAGAAAGCCACCAAGGUGAACUACAAGCAGGUUGAUGACCUGGCUGGCGUGUGGUGUGAAUACGGAGAGAUGGAGCUACGCCAUGAGAACUACGAACAGGCGCUACGUAUACUGAGGAAAGCAACUGCCAUCCCGUCCAAGAAGGCGGAGUACUUUGACGUGUCAGAGCCCGUGCAGAACAGAGUGUAUAAGUCUCUGAAGGUCUGGUCCAUGCUGGCUGACCUGGAGGAGAGUAUGGGAACCUUCCAGUCCACCAAAGCGGUGUACGACCGCAUCAUUGACCUGCGCAUAGCCACGCCCCAGAUAAUCAUCAACUACGCCAUGUUCCUGGAGGAGCACAACUACUUUGAGGAGAGCUUCAAGGCGUAUGAGCGCGGCAUCGCCCUCUUCAGGUGGCCCAACGUCUAUGACAUCUGGAACACCUACCUCACCAAGUUCAUCGACCGCUACGGGGGCAAGAAGCUGGAGAGGGCCCGGGACCUGUUUGAGCAGGCGCUGGAUGGCUGUCCAGCCAAGUUCGCCAAGACCAUCUACCUGCUGUACGCCAAACUGGAGGAGGAGUUUGGGUUGGCGCGUCACGCCAUGGCAGUGUAUGAGAGAGCCACGCAGGCGGUGGACAACACGGAGAGGCAUCACAUGUUCAACAUCUACAUCAAGAGGGCUGCAGAGAUCUACGGCGUCACCUACACCAGAGCGAUCUACCAGAAAGCCAUCGAGGUGCUUCCAGACGAACACUCCAGGGACAUGUGCCUGCGCUUCGCUGACAUGGAGAGCAAACUGGGCGAGAUCGACCGGGGCAGAGCCAUAUACUCCUACUGCUCUCAGAUCUGUGACCCAAGGAUGACGGCCACGUUCUGGCAGACGUGGAAGGAGUUUGAGAUCCGCCACGGGAACGAAGACACUAUCCGGGAGAUGCUGAGGAUCAAGCGCAGCGUCCAGGCCACGUACAACACACAGGUCAACUUCAUGUCCUCACAGAUGAUGAAGGCCACCACCAACGCCACCAUCUCAGACCUUGCCCCGGGCCAGCUGGGGCUGGAUGAUAUGAAGCUGUUGGAGCAGCAGGCCCAACAGCUGGCCGCCGAGGCUGAACAGGACAAACCCAAACUCAAAGAGAAGAUCCUCUUCGUCAGGAGUGACACAUCUCGCAGUGAGCUGGCUGAACUGGCUAAACAAGCCAACCCUGAUGAGAUUGAUAUUGAUGAUGAGGAUGGUGAUGAUGAAGACCAGGGCCCAGAGGAGGUGCAGCUGGAACAGAAGAGUGUCCCCACUGCUGUCUUUGGAGGGCUGAAAGAAGGAGACGAUUGAAUACAGAAUGUUGGGAUGGUAUCUGUCCCACAGACAUGGCAUCACAGACGAGCUCCAUGGUCUACGAAUGGAGCCUUUUCAACCCCUGUAAAAUGUAUGAUGAAAUUAGAUUGUAUGGAAUGUGAACUUUGUCGUUGAUCUUUUCUACAGUAGCAAGAAAAAGUAUGUGAACCCUUUGGAAAUACCUGGGUUUCUGCAUAAAUUGGUCAUCUAG